GUGUUUCACCUCUCAACCUGCACGCGCUGCAAUAUCACUGACAGCUUGUUGCUGUUCGUUCGACGCAAGGCAAUGCUGUGUUCCAUACCGGAGAGAGACCCCCGCUAACCGAGUAGCGUCUACGUGUGGUGCGGUGAUCUGAUGUGUGGGGGAGGCUCGCAAGCGAGAUAAACAAGCAGCCAGUGAGCUUCGGGGUUUCAGCCAGCCAGGGAGCACAGAGCAGUCGGAGGAACAUGGCGGCAGCGCAGUUAGUUAGCAGUGUAGCAGUUUUCACCAAACGAAGGUCAGACCGGGUUUAACACACGGGAUUUAACAGAGCACUAGCGACGGAAAGUUUCGAAUCGACUACAUUAUGGUAGUUUCCCCAAGGUUACCCUGCCAGCUUACUGCAGACGAGAUGCCCUGAGGACAUGGCUGGAGUCUGGACUAGACCCUAGAUGCUGGUCUGCAGUGAAGGAUGAGUGGUAUUCAGUGAAGGAUGAGUGAUACGCAUUGAAGGAUGAGUGGCGUCGGUGAAAACACCUUGGACCCUGCUGCCAGGGCAGAGUCUCGUAAACGCAAAGAAUGUUCCUCCGACCUACUGGGUCCCAGUCCCAAAAGAAGCAACGACAAGAGGAACCGCGAACACGAGAACAAGUACAUCGAGGAACUGGCAGAGCUGAUCUUCGCCAACUUCAACGACAUUGACAACUUCAACGUCAAGCCUGACAAAUGUGCCAUCCUGAAGGAGACGGUCAGACAGAUCCGACAGAUCAAGGAGCAGGAGAAAGCAGCCGCGGCCAAUGAGGAGGAGGUACAGAAGGCGGAUGUCUCGUCGACCGGCCAAUCCGUCAUCGACAAGGAGGCUCUGGGACCGAUGAUGCUGGAGGCUCUGGAUGGGUUCUUUUUCGUGGUCAACAUGGAGGGGAUCAUAGUGUUUGUGUCCGAGAACGUGACACAGUACCUGCACUACAACCAGGAGGAGCUGAUGAACACCAGCGUCUACAGUGUCCUGCACGUCGGAGACCACGCCGAGUUCAUCAAGAACCUGCUCCCGAAGAGCCUGGUGAACGGUGUUCCUUGGUCCAGCGAGGGCCCCCGGAGGGACAGUCACACGUUUAACUGCCGUAUGCUGGUCAACCCUCACGGCGACCGGCAGGAGGUGGCCAUCGCCCAGGAGGCGCAGCAGCAGCAGCAGAGAUAUGACACCAUGCAGUGUUUCGCCGUGUCCGAACCCCGGAGCAUCAAGGAGGAAGGAGAAGAUUUCCAGUCCUGUCUGAUCUGCGUGGCCCGCCGGGUGCCCAUGAAAGAGAGGCCAGCGCUGCCCACGCACGAGAGCUUCACCACCCGCCAGGACCUGCAAGGUAAAAUCACGUCCUUGGACACCAGUCUGCUGAGAGCCUCUAUGAAGCCAGGCUGGGAGGAUCUGGUCAGAAGGUCCAUCCAGAGGUUUCACCUACAGAACGACGGGGAGAUGUCCUUCGCUAAAAGACACCAACAGGAGGUGUUACGGCACGGCCAGGCCUUCAGCCCCAUUUACAGGUUUACUCUGUCGGACGGGACCCUGGUGUCGGCACACACCAAGAGCAAGCUGGUCCGCUUUCCUGCCACCAAUGAACCCCAGCUUUACAUGUCUCUACACGUUCUGCAGCGGGAGCAGUCUGGCUGCGGAAUGGGAGCGGGUCAGGAAACUCCGCAGGGACCGCAGCAGGGUCCCGGGAUGGGCCCCAAACCCAUGGCCCCGAACCCCUCCAUGACCCCGCCCACGCAGGGUCCCCCCUCAGGGCCGGGUCCCCCCUCAGGGCCGGGUCCCCAGGGUCAGGACGCCAUGGUCAGCUCUAACAGCACGCCCUUCUCCCCUGCCCACGGAGCCCCGGGGUCCGGAGGAACGAGCUCGGGGCACAUGCAGGGCUACCGCUACGGCUGCCCCACCCAGGCCACGGGUCACCCCUCUGGGGUACCGGCCAACCAUCCCGGCCUGCAGCCGGGGGCCAACUGGAGGAUGAGCAGCCCGUCUCGAGGCAGCCCCAGCCCGGCCGGAGUCCCCCAUCCCGGGCAGCAGGGGUCCAUGCUCUCCCCCAGGCACCGGGCGUCUCCGGGGAUGGCGGGGAGCCCCCGCGUGGCCCUGGGUCUGCACUCGCCCUCCCCUGUGGCAGCUAACGGCUACACCAGCAGCUCCCUGUCGGCGCUGCAGGCCCUGACGGAGUGCCACGCUGGCCGACAGGGCGGGAGCGGGCAACCGCACACGCACGCCACGGGGUCGCCGGACAGGAAGAUGAUGGGGUCGCCAGCCGGGGUCGCAGUGGGUACGGGGGUGAAUCCUAAUAUGAUGUCCAAGCUCGCGGGUAAUAACCGUAACGCAGACUCUUUCGGAGGUCACAUUGACCAGGGUCAGGGAGGUCACAUUGACCAGGGUCAGGGAGGUCACAUUGACCAGGGUCAGGCGGGUCAGACAGACAGGUCGACGGACGGAAACGACAACGGCGGUAACCACGGAGACAUCAAGGAGGAGAGGGAUGGCCUUUCGGAGUGUCCCGAUGGGCAGGGCCAUGGUUUCCACGGCGACAACAAGGGUCACACCAAACUCCUUCAGUUGCUCACCACCAAGUCUGAGCCCCUGGGCUCCCCUUCGUCCCCAAACUCCAAGGACACCUCAAUGGGGCCGGGGGGCGCUCCGGGUCCAGGCUCCACGGGGGGCCACGGCGCCUCCCUGAAGGAGAAACACAAGAUCUUACACAGGCUUCUUCAGAACAGCACCUCCCCUGUGGACCUGGCCAAGCUGACGGCGGAGGCCACGGGCAAAGAGCUGGUGGAGCAGGGUCGAGGAGGAACCGGCGGGGCAGGGGGGGGUGCGGAUGGUACGCUCACCCCCAAACAGGAGCCUCUGAGCCCCAUGAAGAAGGACAACGCCCUGCUGAGGUACCUGCUGGACAAAGACGAGGGCGGCGUGAAGCCUAAAAUGGAGGUGGGCGGAGGUGAGGUGAAGAGGGAGGGGGGCGUGAAACCCCCCCAUGUGAAGACGGAGCGGCAGGACCCUGGAUAUAACUACCAUCAGCAGUCAUCAGAGCUGGAUGAUAUUCUGGAUGACCUCCAGUGUGUCCAGCCCCAGCUGUUCUGUGAGCCGCGCCCCGUCUCCCUCCCCUCUUCCCUGGACAAACAGAACAUCAUCAACGACAUCCUGCACAUCACCCAGGAAACCAGCCCUGGCAACCCCAAUGCCAUGGCAACGCAGCAGCAGAGGAACAUGCAGCCCAACGUGGGGCCAGGAAACUAUGCAGGUCAGAGAGGGUCAGGGGUCAGUGGACCAGGCCGGGGUCUCCCUGUGAGAAGUGUCUCGCUGGAUAUGAACGUAUCAGGCAGCCAAGCCCCGUCAGGGCCCCCCCAGACUCAAUACCCCCCUAUGAGGACACCUGGCCCCUACACACACCUGCAGCAGCAAAGCAUGCUGGGAAACCACAACACCCUGAUGGCUAAUCAGACCAACCUCUCAGGCCUGAUGGGGGGGGCCCGGCAUGGGAUCCAGCCGAUGCAGCAGGAGGGAGGUUGGGGUCCUGGAGGGCCAGGCUCUGGGUCGGCCUCCGCCCCGCCUCCGGGCCAGCAGGGGGCGAUGCACGGCUGUAUGGGCCCCAACAGCGGAGGCCCGAUGAGAGCCAGCAGUCAGCCGGGGUCAGGGGUCAGGCACAUGCUUCAGUCUCAGAUGAUGGCCGGAGAGAUGGGUAUGAGGACCCAGCAGUUCUCCCAGCAACAGGCUCCACCCAAUCAGACGGCUCCGUGGCCAGACAGCAUAAUGCCAAUAGAACAGACGCCGUUCAACCAGAACAGAUCUCUGUACACCCCCCAACAGGAGGAGGUGAUGUGUGGGGGUCCCGGGGAUGGAGGUACCAGCGAUGAGGGAGCCCUUCUGUCCCAGCUCUACACCAUGCUGAAGGACUUUGAUGGCCUGGAGGAGAUCGACCGAGCUCUGGGGAUACCUGCACUCAUGGGACAGGGCCCAUGCGCGGACCCGGACCAGUUCUCCUCCGACCCGUCCAUGAUGUUGGACCAGAAGCCACCGGCCUUCAGCCCACAGUAUCCCCCAGCGGGCGGCCACCUGGGCCAGAGGGGGCCCCAUGGAGUUGGGCCUGGCGGAACCAUGCCGGACCCCACAGGGCAAGGCUUCCAUCCUCUGGCUGGUCAGUUGGGACCCAGGCCCGGUUACCCUGUCAUGCGGAUGCAACAGAGAGCAGGGCUCAGGCCCCAAGGAGGGGUACCGACCCAACCCAGCACCCUGAGGUUACAGCUGGCCCACCGUCUGCAGGCACAGCAGAACCGACAGCCUGUGAUGAACCAGUUGGGCGGAGUGCCGAAUAUGAACUUACCGCUGAGGUCCAGUAACCCCAACCAGGGUUCCAUCAACGCUCAGAUGUUGGCGCAGCGCCAGCGAGAACUCCUUAGCAACCACCUGCGUCAGCGUCAGUUGGACCAGCAGCGACAACAACAACAACAGCAGCAGCAGCUACAACAACAACAGCAGCAGCAGCAGCUACAACAGCAGCAGCAGCAGAGGAACAUGGUGAUGAGAGCACAGGGACUCAGCCUGCCUCCCAACAUGGCUGCCACUACAGGAGGGCUGGGUAACCCCCGGAUACCGCAGGCCAGCCCCCAGCAGUUCCCCUACGGUACAGGCCUGGCCUCGCCCCCGCACCCGCCCAGCAGCCCCUUCUCCUCCCCCCUGUCCCCCAGCCUGCCCCCCUCUCUCCCCCCACACCACGCCCUGCAUGGCUCUUCCUCCUCCAACUCCCAGAUGAUGAUGAUGAUGGGCUCGGGACAGUAUGGGGUCGUAGUCAGCCCGCAUCAUGUUCACCAGCACAGUGCCUUUCAGUUCCCCCACUCAGGUAUGUCCCAGCAGCCUGACGGGGUUUUUGGGGGUCCGGCGACGCCCCAGAGUCCAAUGCUUUCCCCUCGGAUGGCCCACGCCCAGUCUCCCAUGAUGCAACAGCCAGGCCAGGGCAACACCGCCUUUCAGGCCUCGUCUGACGUGAACAGCUGGCCACCGCCGGGGAACAUGGGGGGAAACAGUAUGUUCAGUACACAACCGUCACCUCCCCAGUUCACACCACAGCAGACCAACGGGGGGGUCAUGUACAGCGGGAUGAACGUCAACAUCUCCAUGGCGACCAACGCCAGCGGCAUGGCCGCCAUGAGUCAGAUGGCCGGCCAGAUGAGCGUCACCUCGCCUGGGAUGACCACCUUGGGACAGGAGCAGAAAUACUGUUGAUCCUGUUGGAGCAUUUCGGCCAACCAGCACUUUGAUGCUAUGCCUGGAUCCCAUAGUCCAAUGAGAUCACUGGUUCAUCCUCAACCACCCAACCGAUCAACCAACCACUCUGUGAAUGGACCUGACCCCGCCCAUCAUGGCGUCCGCCCUCACCCCCAUGGCAUCAACUGUGCCUGGAAUUUUCCCUUACUGGUGCGCCCUACCAGGACCCCAGUGUUAAGGGGGGAGGCCAUCCUCAAACACCUAACCCCUCCCUCCUGUGCAUUGUUCACCCGCUGGGUGUGGACCGACGGAGGCCGUUCAACCUGGGGAUCCUAGGAGGUGAAAAUGACAUCAGUAUCCUGGGGUCAAUCGGCUGUUGCCCCUGCCCACUUCCUGGUGCACGACCAGCAUUUAUUGUGGCGUGUCUGGUCCCAGUCGCCUGAGCCUGUCUGUCAAGCUGCAUUCACCGUAGUGUGACUUACUGUAGGCCCCUCCCCUCUGUUAGCCCCACCCCUUACAUCGGCCAGGCAACUGAGAAGGGGAGUUGACUAUGGGGGGGGGGGGGGAUUGUGUAUACAGUGUACAGAUUUCUGCUUGCUUAUUCAGCCUUCAGCGUAGAGCUAGCACUACAGAAAGAAAGACAGGACAAAACUCAACACAGCCAUACAGUUAUACAUAGCUAACUCUACAAAAAGAAGUAGAAAUGGAAGACGUGUGCUUUCUAUGUUGUUUUGGAGUCUUGGUGCUUCGUACAAGCUGCUAGGUGCUGUUCUGGUCUCUCAGUGUGAUGUAAGUAAACAAGCAAUAACAAUGACUAGGGAAUCUUUGUUUUGUUAUUUUUAGUUUUUGUUUAAUUUUGUAAUUUUUGUACAGAUUUAUUUCCUGGAGGCACAUUUUACGCUCCACCGGUCCAUAGGACUCAGUAUUAACAAUAUGUAUUAUUUUUUUUUAUUACAAUUUGUUUUGAAGACUUCUCUAAUCCAGAUUAUAUUGAAAACUUCUCUAAUCCAGAUUUCUCUCAGAUAAUGCAGCAGCGCCAUUGUGGGUGUCGAGCAGGGAGCGUGUGGUGGUGAACCCCAAUUUUAAUGCCUAAGUCCCAAAUGGCUACGCUAAACAAGCGAAAGGGUGGCCAUUUGGGUCUCCACUAUGACCUCUCUGGCUGGAGCCCCAGGUUUAUUGCAGAAUAGCAGCAGCAGAUUUAUAGGGGCCCCGAUUCAUUUCUUCAAUGACGUCCUUUUGUCCUCGCCUUCUUACUUGGAUGCAGAGCCGGUUCUAGGCAAAAGGGGUUGCUUAGGGUCCCCGAGGGGCGCCGUCGGGGAGGGAGUCAGUGGAAUACGUCACAGAGUUUCGAUGACUCCACUGGGCUGAUUCUUGCUUUAGCUGAGACACUUUAACUGAAUGAUGUGUAACUGAGUCAGUUUGAAUAAAAUGAGCCGAUUCUGUUAGAGUGAAUCAUGUCCACACUGGAAAGGCCCGUAGUGCCUGAGCCCAUCUCCCGGUCUGGUUUGACCCGAUCUCCCCCGGCGACGUCCCAAAUGGAACUCUGUCCUACGAAGUGUGCUGCUUUUUUUUCCUGGGCCCUUGGGACCUUGUCAAAGGUAGUGUACUAACUGGGGUCCAUUUUGGAGUUUUGCUCUUAUGGGCUGUAAUGCAUGGAAGGGUUGAAGGGUAGCCCCAGACGACACAUACUACGCCCCAGACGACACAUACUACGCCCCAGACGACACAUACUACGCCCCAGACGACACAUACUACGCCCCAGACGACACAUACUACGCCCCAGACGACACAUACUACGCCCCAGACGACAUGCUAGGUUGACUGCUUAGAACCCACAUGUUGUGACAACACAGUCAAUAUCAGAUCCCUCAUCAAGCACAGUUAUGGUGUUGAUGGACAGGCGCCCACACGCACGCGCACACACAUGUGGGGACCCUAAUUAUAACUUUCUACAUUUAACCUCUAAGCCUGAAAUUGUUUUCCUCGUGGGAUCUGAAAAAUUUACCGAAAUGUUCCUUCCAUUGGGUUCUUGCAGGGAUUUUUAUGAUGUCACCAUACCGUUAUGGGGGGCACGGGAAUAUGAUGUCACCGUAUUCGUUAUGGGGGCACGGGAAUAUGAUGUCACCGUAUUUGUUGGGGGGGGGCAUGGAAAUAUGAUGUCACCAUACUAAUUUGAGUAAUACUAAUUGAGUAAUAUGAUGUAAUUGAAAAUGGAUUUGGAAAUAAAAUAAAGUUUUACUGCCUGAGUUCAAAAACACUGUGGCUAACUGACAACACUUCUUAGAAGCACCCUACCCUUCAACCCUUCCAUGCAUUACAGCCGAUAAGAGCACAACUCCAAAAUGGAACCCCAGUUAGUGCACUACUUUUGACUCACUAAUCCAGCAGAUACCAACCUGCAGUGGAAACAAACGGGUAUAUUCUGUACUUCUAAUACCCCAGAGGAACUUUAGACAGAUCGCUGUGUGUCUUACGAUGCCUGUGGGAACCAAAAAUCCCUGCAAGAACCCAAUGGAAGGAUAAUUUCGGUAAAUUUUUCAGAUAAUUUCAGGCUUAGAGGUAAAAUGUAGAAAGUUAUAAUUAGGGUCCCCACAAGUGUGCGCGCCUGUCCAACACCAUAACUGGGCUUGAUGAGGGAUUUGAUAUUGACUGUGUUGUCACAACUAGUCAUGUGGUCUGGGGCGUAGUAUGUGUUGUCUGGGGCGUAGUAUGGUAUUAGAAAUGCAGAAUGUACCCAUUUGUUUCCACUGCAGGUUGGUAUCUGCUGGAUUAGUGAGUCCACAAUGCCACUAACCAGAUGGACUCCGUUACCCAUAAGCCCUGUUCUGAGAUGUUUUUGUUUUUUUAUACUUCCCUAAUUGUAACUGCUAAGACUGGUGUGUAAAAAGAUUAUCCCAGAUCUAUGCUCAGGGGGCUGCCUUGCUUUUAAAUGCUAAAGUACAGUGGCACUUUGGCUGUUUUGGACACAGUCUAGCCUGGGUAACUGUCUUUUUGUGCCACCGUUCCACAUAUUGUACUCGAUUGGUAAGAAAUAAUGGAAUGUUAACACAAAGCAGGGCUGGAUUGCAGCCUCGGGAAAUGGUGUCUUGUGGUUCUGUUUGUAAUUUUAUCGUUUGGCCUUUGUUUUUGUAUGGGCAUUGGUUCUGUCUCAGAAGCUCAGAGUUCCCGUACUUUAAACAUCUUUGAUCACCUUACGUUUGAUAAAAGCUGGAUGUCACUGAUGGUAAAUGACAGGCAUUGUAGUGUAGCCAAUUUUAAACUAGAUCACUCUCACCCCUCCUUUGCAAAAUUCCCAAAGAUUGUUACGAUUUUGAAAUGAAUAUAAGCCAUUAAGUGAAUGCGUUUUUUAAUAGCAUUUAUAUCAGGACUUAGAGCAAAGAACCCAUUUGCCCUACAACAAAAUAAUCUUACAGGCUUUCAAUUGAAAUCACUUUACAACUGAAUACUUUCUCUUCUUACCUUUUUCAUUUUGGAGAUUUUUUAACUAUCCUGUUUGUGUAGUCCGACAAUUUUCUUAGAGCUGUAAUGCAAGAACCUUGAAAUGCUAAAAGAAAUAGCAUAUUGCCUUAGAUUGUCUGUUGUCGUUCUUGUAUAAUAUAAAGCUGUAUCAUAUUUCUGUUGUGAAUCCUGUACAUUUUGGAAUGGGUGCAUCGUUACUUAACAUCUAAGUUGCUGUACAUACACGCAGUAGCCUGGGCCUCUGUCACUCUGUCCUCCCGUUCCCCGCUGCAUUAUGUUUGUGAUUGAUUGAAGGCUGUAUUGUUUGUAUAUUUUCUCUCCUCACAGGACGGUUUGUUGGACUGUCGGGAAAAAAGACGAUGCAAUGGGAUAUUGAAGCAAUAUGUAAUAUAUUCUAAGAACUUUCCGGAGAAAGCUUACAUUGUCGCAAGUUGUUCUGAGAUGUAUUUUUGCAGCCUAGUUCAGAGAGAAGCAUCACACCUUCUGUUUGUUUGUUCGUUCGUUCGUUCACCCGUAAAGCAUCAACGUUUAUAAUCUUUAGUGUGAGCAUUUUAUGCAAAUGUUAAAAUAGGCUAUAACGACAGAAAUUUAUUAAACAGUUAUAUGCAAGUUGUCAACUAAUAAGGCUUCGCUGAUGCUAUUUGCAAUUUGAUGUUGAAUAGUACCAUUGUAAAUAAAGAGUUCUGUUAUUGCAACAUGUAA